AGGACGCGGGUCCGGCUGAAACGCGGCGCGGGACGAUCUCGGGGAGCUGCGAGCGUCUCGGCUGCCGCCGCGAUGCUGACCGGCUGCGGCCAGAAGCUGCUGCUCUCGCUGCUGGGCUCCAUGCUGACCUGCCUGCUGGUGCUGAUGGUGGAGCAGCCGCGGGGCCAGGGACUCGGCCUGGGGGGCGGCCAAGGGGGCGGCCAAGGGGCUCUGCUGCUCCAGCGCGGGGCGGAGGGCUUGAUGCGGCGCUUGAGGAACGGAGAGACCCCCGGACGGGACCCUCGGCCGGACAUCGGCUCGUUCAGCGGCUACUUCAGCCAGCUCAGCCGGGCCAAGAGAGAAGCCGGCGGGGGCAACGAGGGCAGGCGGCAGCAGCAGCAGCAGCAACCGGCCCCCGCCCGGGAAGAGAUUUCGCCCCGGGACAUUUUCAUCGCCGUCAAGACCACCAAGAAGUUCCAUAAGGCGCGGCUGGAGCUGCUGCUGGAUACUUGGAUCUCGCGCAACAAGGAUAUGACCUACAUCUUCACCGAUGGCGAAGAUCAAGAACUCAAGCAGAGAAUGGGAAACGUCAUCAACACCAAUUGUUCCUCUGCUCAUAGCCGCCAAGCUUUAUCCUGCAAGAUGGCGGUGGAAUACGACAAGUUCAUUGAAUCCGGACGAAAGUGGUUUUGCCACGUGGACGAUGACAAUUAUGUGAAUGUCCGGAUGUUGGUCAAACUGCUCUCCAGCUAUGCUCACACGCAGGAUAUCUACAUUGGAAAACCCAGUCUGGACAGGCCCAUCCAGGCCACCGAGAGAAUCAGCGAGAACAAGAUGCAUCCGGUCCACUUUUGGUUUGCCACCGGUGGGGCUGGUUUCUGCAUCAGUCGUGGUCUGGCAUUGAAGAUGACCCCUUGGGCCAGCGGUGGGCACUUCAUGAGCACCGCUGAAAAGAUUCGUCUCCCUGAUGAUUGCACCAUUGGGUACAUCAUAGAAUCUGUCCUGGGGGUGAAACUCAUCCGAAGUAAUCUUUUCCACUCGCAUCUCGAGAAUCUCCAUCAAGUGGCCAAGUCCGAGAUCCAUAAGCAGGUCACUUUGAGUUAUGGGAUGUUUGAAAACAAGAGGAAUUCCAUCCAUAUGAAGGGGGCUUUCUCGGUGGAGGAAGAUCCUUCCAGGUUUCGCUCCAUCCAUUGCUUGCUGUACCCGGAUACGCCGUGGUGUCCUUCCGACGUCGUGUACUAAAGAUCUCGACGUCCCCUUAACCUCGUCCCGAGUUCUCCGGUAUCCGAAGAGUUUCCGGGACCUCCGUAUUUUUAUGACCGUGUCUGUCUGUGUGCGUGUGCCCUUCCUUUGCUGUGAAGCAAUGAGCUCCUAAUUACUGUGGUUGGUUCACAGUGUGUGUUUGUGUGUGUGUGUGUGUGUGUUUUGGACCUGCUGCUGUGUGGUCUUGUGUUCCUCGCUGCGUCCAUCUCCCGGUGACUAUCAGGGUAUAAAUAUUUUAGAAGCUCUCAAUGCAAGAACUAUUGUGAUGGGGUAUUUUUUUUUCUCCCCAGCUUUCCCCUCCUUUGCAACGGCUUCAAGGCUGAUUGUGUUUUAAAAAGAUCUUUUUUUUUAUCUGCCACCUGCUGAAGAGUCAACUCUGCAGGUUUCUUGCGGAAAAAUCUGCCCUUCUCCAGAAUAUUUCAAGAAGUGCAUCCUCUUCUCCUCCCGCCCCAUCCAUUUCUCACGAGCCAGGAAAAGCUCAAAACACUUUGUGCCAGGAGUCUCCAACCUUGGCAACUUUAAGCCUGGAGACCUUUGCUGGCUUGGGAAUUCUGGGAGUUGAAGUCCACCAGGCUUAAAGUUGCCAAGGUUGGAGACCCCUGCUCUGUGCAACCUGCCAAACCUUAAGCACUUUUAAAACCAUGUAUUGUGGCAGAUGCUAAGCAGGUAUGGGAUUGCCCCCCCCCCACCCCAUUUUAACGAGUUGAAAGAAAGGUCCAGUAAAAAGCAUUUCUCAAACUCGUAACUUUUAAGACGGGCGGAUUUCAAUUCCCAGAAUUCCCCAGCCACCUUCCAUGUAGAGCGUACUGGCUGGGGAAUUCUGGGAGAUGAAGUCCACGGGUCUUAAAGUAUGCUGGCUGGGGAAUUCUGGAAGUCCGUCCACCCUCAAGCCAUGCUGGCUGGGGAAUUCUGGGAGUUGAAGUCCAUCCAUCGUAAUUUUGGGGAAUUCUGGGAGUUGAAGUCCACUCGUCUUAAAGUUGCCCAGUUUUGAGAAACACCGGACUAACGCUUAGCCUGGUUGUGUAGUGGUUUGGGCUGUUUAAGGCUAUCAACACCGGCAAGACGGCGUUCCACAGCAUUAUAAUCAAAGCCAGGAUGCUAUUUUGCAGAUUUUUCCACACACCCAUCUCCCAACCCCAACCUGGUCUUUUUCAGCUAGGAUCCUUUAGCUUUGUGGCACUCCAGUUCCAAUCAUUUUUCUGGCUGGGAACUAUUGGAGUGGGAAUCUAACGUAGCUAGCAGACGUCCCCCUUGAAGAAAAAGCUAAUUUUGGUAUUUUUUACAUACCUUUUCCCCUCCCUUCCUGCUUUUUCAGGCUCCGCGUAAUUUUUCAGAUGAAGGUUUACAUAGGAAACAAGGUUUUUUUUUGCUGAUUUGCUGUGUGUGUGUUUUUGUCCAUGUUUUUUGUUGAUGUUGCUUCGGGGUUGUUCCUUUCCCUCGUGCUGUUUGUAGACUUCCCUCUGAGAGGUGGGUUGUUGUGUUUUUCCUCCCCAAAAUUCAUUUAGAGCUGGUCUCUUGAACGUUAGCCUUUACAGGAGCUUUGGUGGGCUUCUUAGGAGUAAACAGGCAAAGGAUUGCAAAACUGCACCUAAGUCCAGAACUAUGGAGUGCACCUAUAGUUGCAUUUAAUUCUGAUUUAAUUUAAUUAAAUCAAUAUUCAAUACCAAAUGUAAGCAAAGAGUUGAUAGCAGAUUGGAAGGCUACAGCUCCAGAAAUCCUCAAUUCCAAUCUCUCUCUCUCUCUCUCUUUCUCUCUCAGUAUCUCUUUCUCUUUCUGUCUUUCUCUCUCAGUAUCUCUCCCUCUCUUUCUCUCAUCUUCCUCUCUCUCUCUCUCUCUCUUUCUCUCAUCUUCCUCUCUCUCUCCCUAUAUAUAUCUAUAUAUCUAUAUAUCUCAAACACUCACUUUGCUGUAUUCCUAGUUCUGUCUUGCUGCACAAAUGUCGGUAAGAAUGACAACGGAAGCCUAUGUAGAUUCAGAAUUUUAGACCCUUUGAAGAUGCAAUUAUUUUGAUUCUACUAAAUAUAAUUUAUAUAUAUAUAUAUGGAUAAUGAGCAAUCCUCUGUGAAGUUUACUCAGGAGGAGAUCCUCCCCUGUUGAAUGGGGUUUGUUCCCAGGAAAGCACAAGAUGUUGGCUCACGACAUAGGGCCCCACCUGAAUUAAUAUUUAAGUAAGUAAUUUAAGUCCUAUUUAAUUUUACUUACUGUAAGUAAGUCUUUUAAUUUUAUGGACCAAUUGGGAGGAACCCGUGUCCGUUAAAAGCCAAAUGUUCAUUAAACCCAACGAUAUGUCACGCCCGUGAAUGUUACGCGAUGUUCAUAAUAUUUAUGUCGUAUACCCAUGUACUUUACAAAAAAAAAAAUAUUCUAUGCACAUGGUCUGAUUUACCAAGCUGUUGUUUGCUGAAGCCACCCAAAUGCAGAUACUGUCUGUUAAAUCCAAAGUCUGUUGAAUCAGGGUCUGAAAAAUCGAGAUGUGAUCGUAGCAACAUCCAGGCUCAACAUUUUGCGGUUGGUAGGAAUGACUCAUGUAUUAAUUUAAAAGGCGUAUAAAGAUGUUGGAAGCAAUGAGGGAUCCCUAUAUUUCUCUUGUAAGUUGGAGAUGAUGUUCAUUCACCAUCUCCCUUCGCUGCAAACUUCUCUGCCUCUGGGCCAGGGAGAUUUGGCUGUAGCAUUUUCAACGCAAGAGUUGAAUUUAACUCUCCUGCAAAAUGCCGUAUAAGCUUUUUCUUCCUAGGGUCCCAAAGGCAGAGACGGAGAGGCGAAAGCUUCCUUUACAAACGAAAAAAUAAAAAACGAAAACCAACAACAACAACCAAAAGGCCCAUACUGGGUAGUGUUUGUAAAUAUUUUAUUGCAACAGUGUUAUUUACUGUGCCUUUGUGUAUGUGUGUGUGUGUGUAAAAUGUUGAGUCCUGUGUGAUUUUUGUCAAAGGUGGGUUUCAAAGUGUUUUUUUCUCUUUGUGGAUCAGCAAAAAAGAAAAAGAAAAGGAAAAACGUUUUUUUUUUUCCUGAUCUGUUGAAAAGAACAAACAAAUGGAAAAAGUUUUGUGUCAUUUGUCACUUAUCUGUAAUUUAUAAAUUCCAGUAUCUGGGAUGUUGUUUUCUGUAAAGUAGUGUACAUAUACAUAUACAUAUAUAUAUAUAUAUUAUGUGACUCUCGCUAUAAAUAUAUAUAUAUAUUAAAGAAGAAAAAUGUGUGGGAGGGAAAUAAUGAUUAAUAUUCUCAGGGAAUUAAACCUGAUCACUGCCCCAGAGUGCCUGUGGCCUGUGUCUUCUUUGUGCUUUCAAUAAAAGAAUUUGUUGGCUAAUUAA